AUGAAUCAUUAAGGAGUACUGUCAUCAAAGCAAUAAGAAGCAGCCUUCUUUAAAAUACUUAAAAAGUAAUGCAAUUUGAUUUGUGCAGAUUGUUCAUCAAAAUCUCCUACUUGGGUAUCUCUAGAUUUUGGUGUUUUUGUAUGCUAUAAUUGUUCAGGUAUUUCAAUAAAAUAUUGUUUUAGGAUAACAUAGAGCCUUAGGUUAAAAUAUAACUAGGGUUAGAUCAACUAAAUUAGAUUGUUGGACCCAAGAAAAUGUUGAUUUGAUGGAUGCUUUGGGAAACGAUUAGAAUGAGUAAUUAUUGUUUAUACAUAUAUAUAGGUAUUGGGAAAGCAGAUUACAAAAGAAUAACAAGAUUCAACCAUCUGCUACUCCAGAAGAAAUUAAAUUCUUUGUUUAAGAAAAGUAUGUAAAGAGAACUUGGGUAAAGUAGGGUCAGGCUGAUCCAAAAACUAGAUAUACAUAAUGUCUUAUGAGUGGGGUACCAUUUAGAGUUGUAAAAACUAACACAUUUUUUAGUGAAAAUGGAACUCAAGGUUAACAGGUAAAAGAUGAUAUGAAACAAUUUCAUUCUACUCAAUAAUAAGGAAUACAAAGAAAUACUAGGUAAUUUAGUAUAGACUCUAAAUAAACAUAGAUAGAAGCUAAUCUUAUCUCACCAGAUAAGGGUAGUCAAUUUGAUUGGAAUUCAUUUCAUCAUUUUUCUACUUUUUCUGGUUUACCCAAUAAUCAUACAUAUUAAACAAACUAAAUAUAAAUACCUCCUAAAAAAUAAUAAUUGAAUGAAGAUUAAUCACCAAGUUUCAAAGCAAAAAAUAAUAACUUAAAUGAAUUUGAUUUAUUAACCUAUUCAACCUUAGCAGAUAAUUAAUAAUUAAUGUCUCAUAAUACAGCUAAUUAAUCAACUUAAUAAUAAUAAACUCAUUAACAAUUCAAUAGUCACAAUCCGUAAUGUAAUGCAAUAAUUUAAUAAUCAUGGUAAUAAGCUUAGAAAGAGGCUUAAGUACUAUCACAGUAACAAGCAAAUUAAUAAAUAUGUAAUUCAAACCAACAAAAUUAAUUAAUAAACUCUGGAAAUAAUGCUUACGGAUCUAAUAAUUAAUAAUAGGGUAGUGGAUCAUUAUAAUAAACAUAAUAACCGUAGUAAUAACAAUCAUAAUAAUAUAAUUAAGCAAGUAGUAAACCUCCACUUCCUGGAAAAUAAAAUGUUUAAACUAAUUAUUAAACAAAUAAUUUUACUUAUUAAUAAAUAAAUAAUCAAUUAAAUUGUUAAACUAAUUAAUAAUAGCCUAAGUUAUAAUAAUAAUUAACAAACCAAUAAUAAUAAUAUCAAAAUAUGAAUCAAAAUUAAUAAAAUAAUACAUAAAGUUUCGGAUUUAAUAAUAAUACUGAUAUAAAUAAUUAUUAGAAAUUAUAUUAGGGUUAUAAUAAUAUCUCAUUUUCAAUAAAUUAAGUAAGUCAGAAUAAUAAUAAUAAUAAUAAUAAUAAUAAUAAUAAUAAUAAUAAUAAUAAUAAUAAUAAUAAUAAUAAUAAUAAUAAUAAUAAUAAUAAUAAUAAUAAUAAUAAUAAUAAUAAUAAUAAUAAUAAUAAUAAUAAUAAUAAUAAUAAUAAUAAUAAUAAUAAUAAUAAUAAUAAUAAUAAUAAUAAUAAUAAUAAUAAUAAUAAUAAUAAUAAUAAUAAUAAUAAUAAUAAUAAUAAUAAUAAUAAUAAUAAUAAUAAUAAUAAUAAUAAUAAUAAUAAUAAUAAUAAUAAUAAUAAUAAUAAUAAUAAUAAUAAUAAUAAUAAUAAUAAUAAUAAUAAUAAUAAUAAUAAUAAUAAUAAUAAUAAUAAUAAUAAUAAUAAUAAUAAUAAUAAUAAUAAUAAUAAUAAUAAUAAUAAUAAUAAUAAUAAUAAUAAUAAUAAUAAUAAUAAUAAUAAUAAUAAUAAUAAUAAUAAUAAUAAUAAUAAUAAUAAUAAUAAUAAUAAUAAUAAUAAUAAUAAUAAUAAUAAUAAUAAUAAUAAUAAUAAUAAUAAUAAUAAUAAUAAUAAUAAUAAUAAUAAUAAUAAUAAUAAUAAUAAUAAUAAUAAUAAUAAUAAUAAUAAUAAUAAUAAUAAUAAUAAUAAUAUUAAUAAUAAUAUUAAUAAUAAUACUUUUUAUUAUAAUAACUAAUAAUAUAACAAUUUUGA